AUGGCGUCAGCAAAGCCCAAGGACAUUGUAAUCGUAGGGGGCUCUUUGGGCGGCCUUUUGACCGGUGUCGCAUUGAAGCGCCUUCGCAAAGACCUUAACAUUCGCAUCUUCGAACGUAAUCCGACACCGCUUCUUCAGGAUCAGGGUGCUGGUGUGGUGGCUGGACAAGACGUGCAGAAGUUCUUCAAAACGCACGACCGAAGCCAAACUGCAUUGACAAUUCCAAGUCAUCAACGACUUUACCUUGAUAAAGGAGGCAAGGUCAUAAACCGUCACGAUCAAGAGCAGUGCAUGACGAGCUGGGAUCUGCUGUACCAUCUUCUACGAACCAAUUACGACGGUACUGAAACCGACUACGCAAAGGCACCCGCAACGGAGGAAGGCGAGGGAAAGACAUCGUAUGAGUACGGGUGUACGGUAACGAGCGUUGCGGCGCCGAAACCUUCGUCAUCCUCGCUACUAGAUUUCUCAGAGCCCGUCAAGAUCACCGUCCAACACAAAUCUGGAGAGACUUUCACGACCGAUGCAGACCUUGUCGUCGCAGCCGAUGGACCCAGCUCCAAGAUACGCGCCGAGUACUUCCCUGAUGUGAAGCGAAAGUACGCCGGAUACGUAGCAUGGCGCGGCACGGUACCCGAAACGCAUGUUUCUAAGGCUGCCACCGAUGUCUUCGUCGAGAAGUUCCCAUUUUACCAUACCGAGGGUAUUCAGAUACUUGCGUAUACCAUACCGGGAAGAAACGGAACGACCAAACCCGGUGAGCGACUGCUGAACUGGGUCUGGUACGUGAACUACAAGGAAGAGUCACAGGAGCACGUCGAGCUCAUGACAGACAAUGAGGGAAACAGACAUCACAUUACACUACCACCAGGUGGAAUUAAGGAGGAUGUAUGGAGACGACAAAAGGAUCUAGCUAAUGAGAUACUUCCACCACAGUUCGCUGAGCUUGUCAACAAGACUGAGGUACCCUUCGUACAAGCCAUCACAGACGUUAUCGCACCCACUGCUUUGCUAGAGAACGGUAGGGUACUAUUACUUGGCGAUGCACUGGCAGGCUUUAGACCACACACGGCGGCGAGUACAAAUCAGGCUGCUCUGGAUGCUAUGAAGCUUGCCGGUGCUGUUGAGAAGAUCAUAGAAGGAAGCGGGAUGGAAGUGCUAAAGAAUUGGGAAGCAGAGGUAAUAGAAUAUGGUAAAGAGCUGCAAAGCCACGGUGUGCAGAUAGGCAAUCGGAGUCAGUUCGGUGAGCAUCCGAUGCAAAGGUAA